AUGAUUGGCUGUGCUGGCUCCAUGAGGAGUGCUGAUGGAAAACGUCACCCCCUAGAAUUCUGUGUCUGUUACCACUUGCAUUGUGGCACAGGAUUAGCAGAUACAGCUAAAAAGAACUUUGGUGGUGGAAACACUGCUUGGGAAGAGAAGACGCUGUCAAAGUAUGAGUCCAGUGAGAUUCGUCUUGUAGAGAUCAUAGAGAAUCUGUGCGACAGUAGUAACUUUGAAUGUAACAACAUGGUAGAAGAGCAUGAAGAACAUAUAGAGAAAUGGUGGUUCAAACUAAAGAAGAAGUAUCCUGAUUUGUUUCAAUGGUUUUGCAUAGAAACAAUAGAAGUUUGCUGCCCUGCUGGAACUUACGGACCCGAUUGCCUUGCUUGUCAUGGUGGAUCAGAAAGACCUUGCCAUGGAAAUGGCCACUGUGAUGGUGACGGUACCCGAGGUGGAGAUGGCUCAUGUAGCUGUAACAAGGAGUAUACAGGAGAUUUUUGUUUGGACUGUUCUAAUGGUUACUUCAGUACCUUGAGAAAUGAGACACAUUCCGUUUGUACAGCCUGCCACACUGCCUGUAAAACGUGUACUGGUUCAAGUAACAAGGAUUGCCAAGACUGUAAAGAAGGCUGGAUUAAAAAUGAAGAAUCAGUUUGUGUGGAUUUAGAUGAGUGUGCUGCUUCUCCUUGCAAAGAUCACCAGUACUGUUUGAACACAGAUGGAUCUUUCUCAUGCAAAGCAUGUGAUGCUAGCUGCAUAGGUUGCACAGGGGAAGGUUCUGACAAGUGUAAGACCUGCGCAUCUGGAUACAUGAAGGAAGAUGAAAAGUGUACAGAUGUAGAUGAAUGUAACCUUCCUGAAAAGGUCUGCGUGAAAGAGAAUCAGGACUGUGUUAAUACUUCAGGAAGUUACAAGUGUGUAUGUUCAGACGGGUUUGAAGAAAAUGAUGGAACAUGUGUUCAAACGCUAAAAACAGGAGAGGAAAUAGAGAGUGAAACAACUGAGCCUCCACCUACUGGACAUGAUGACCUAUGAUCUGCAUUCAGAAUCAAAAGACAUUCCUAUCUAAAGUUUUAAAUUAUUGGACUAUGCCUCUGCUAGCUGACAUACUGUGGAAUUAAAUAUGCAUUAAAUAUGCAGGUUACCAUUAAGAUUUUUUUUUUAAUGGUGAUAAGCUGCUCUUUAAGCUGCAUUUCUUUAUUCUUAAAUGCCACUUUUUAUAUAAUUCCUCAAGACAACAGUAGAUGGGUUAGUAUAAAAUUUGAAUUAACAUAACAUUGUACCUAGCAAUUGUAAACAAUCUGCAGGUUUCUCAUUCUAGUGCCUACUGAAAACCAUCAUAAUUUGGAAGGACUUAGUUGCACUUCAUAAUUCAAGAAAAAUUUAGAUUGAAGUUUUGUGUUUCUUGACAUGAGAAAUAUUUCUGUAACUGAAAUACAACUUUUAGAAAUUGUCAAAGGGAAUCUCUUUGGGGGGGAAGCACUGUUCCCUUAAACAAAAUAGAAUGCCUAAUACUGCAUUCAAUAAAAGUUUAUUUUGUUGGAAUGUGCCUUAAAAA